AUGCCAGUACCCGCUCUUCCGACUGAGAUAUGGAGAGAAAUCCUCGAUAUUGCUGCUCAGGAUGAUCCUAUUCUCGAGACAUCCCUUGUAUCUCCUUUGGCGGAGUGCUCAUGGUAUGAGAUGGUCUUCGGCGAAUGGUGGCUUCGAAAACCACAGGAAGCCCUUCGAAUUAGGCAGCGUCAGAGCUAUGCACUGAAGAAGGCUUUUAUGGAGACCUGCGUGUCAUUCGCGCAGAUCGGAGCCGAAUUUAUGUAUCGUUCAAUCUUAGUUGGCGACCCAAAGCGUCUCCGGAGCCUCGUCGAAAUUUUCGAUAGAAAUACGAAACUUGGAUGGUGGGUAAAGGCAAUAUACGUCUACGCGGACGAACGAUUAGGAAUACAUGACCUGAAUGUCGUGGGCAUGGACGACUGUGUUAUUUCUCUCGUGCGACAUUGUCCGAAACUAGAGGUCUUUAUCGUGGACCCCCAGGUAGCUGCUACGCCCUUCCUUGCCAUAGCAGAUGCUUUGCGCACGUACUGCUCGUCGUCUCUAAAGUUGGUUCAAUGGAAACUCGCCUUCAAUGCUCAGUCGAAGUUGGUGCCUGCUGUCAUAGGAAUGCGGCAUCUUGUUGCGCUCCAGAUCGAUCUGAGCUAUCCCUUGGAGGAGACAUCAACUACUCUACCUGGAGUUAGGCAGACACUUGGUGUGACAUUCCCACACCUGAGGCAGCUAAGCCUGCAGGGCGCAAUACAAGAUUUCGUCGAACAAAUUGCGUUAUGGGAAAUGCCCGAGCUUACUUCCUUGACUCUCGACUUCAAGCUUUCGCGUCAUGAUUUUCCCGACAUCCAGGAAGUUCUUGAGCCACACGCGUCGCAACUAGAAAUGUUGAACAUCAACGCAAUCCCUACCCUUGACGUUAAAUCAAUCUUAGGCAUGUGUCCCAACCUCACUACCUUCUGUUUUAGCCUUGACUGGCAACUGGAGGGAAACUUGGUCGUCAUGCCUCAUAAAAAGAUCAAGACGAUUGGCCUUUACGGACUGAGGCAUGCGUUUGGCGUUGGAUUCGCCGGAGAAACUGCACGAAUAAAUCCGUUCGAAGCCGUUAUCAUACGACGGCGGAACGACAUGAACUUUGCUGCUAUAAACAAGGUCAAUUUCCCGAGCCUCAGUAUCGUGAAGAUCCUUGAACCGGGCCUACUCAACGACUUAAACAGAAAUAACGGCCCCGCGGAGGGACUUUGUUUUGAGCGCUGGGAGCGGUGGUGGGAUCAGUGUGCGAACCAGCGUGUUCGGCUCGAAGACUGCACGGGAAACCCCCUCGGAACAUUGCCGCAACUGCCUCAGGGGGAAGAAGAGGAGGAUGGGUCUGACAUUACGGAUAGUGUUGUGGAUGAGUAAGGCUUCGAACACCCUCUGCUUGGACUUUUGCUUUUCGACUUGCUGCUUGCUCUGCUUUCGAUUCCCUCCCCACUGUACAAUACGCAAUUUC